GGGUCGCGGGUCACCAUCUUAAUUAGGUACCCUUUCUGGAUCAAAUGAGAGUUAGGAAAACAAUUCCGGCCCAUCCAUGCAUUAAGCAAAUUCCAAAAUUAUCAUAAAGAACAGUAAUAACUAAUGUGUGUGAUAAAGUCCUUCUAUUUAACAGCAGAAAGAUCCUUACAGUGAGGAGUAGUUUAUUGCAGGUGUAAGAAAGUAACCGAUGGAUCAAGCCACUCAACAUCUCUACAUGAAUAAGGGCAUUUCAGAAAUUAGUUAUUCCUCUAACUCAUCAGUUCAGAAGAAAGCUAUAUACAAAACGAAGCCAGUGGUAGAGGAAGCAGUACUGGAUGUAUUAUCGAAGUUCUAUAGUAAUACUACCAUCUCUGCAACUGAGAAGAUUCAGAGUAUAUGCGUUGCAGAUUUAGGUUGUUCUUCUGGCCCAAAUACAGUGCUGGUCAUUUCUGAUCUGUUGAACACUAUUUACAACAAAUUUCGUGAGUCUGCCAUGGUUAUGCCCGAGAUCAUCGUGUUUCUUAAUGAUCUUCCUGAGAAUGACUUUAACACCCUUUUCAAGGACUUCAAAAGUUUGUCUGACGAAUUAAAAAUUACAAAUGAUUUUGGACCAUGUUUUAUUGCUGGGAUGCCUGGCACAUUUUAUGGUAGACUUUUUCCAAGUAACAGUGUUCACUUUGUUCAUUCUUCCUACAGUCUCCACUGGUUAUCUCAGGUUCCUACAGGGAAUGAGAGCAAUAAGGGGAACGUGUAUAUAGCAAAAUCAAGUCCUCCAUCGGUGGUUGAAGCGUAUUCAAAGCAGUUCAAGAAAGAUUUUAUCGCAUUUUUGAAGUGUCGUUCUGAGGAACUAAUCAAGAGAGGACGAAUGGUGUUAACACUCUUGGGUAGGAGAAGUUCAGAUCCUACCAGUAAAGAGUGUUGCUCUUUACUGGGGCUAUUAUCCAAGGCACUCAACGACAUGGUUUUAGAGGGAGUGGUUGAAGAGGAGAAAUUAGAUAUGUGUAACUUUCCGGUUUAUUUUCCGUGCCUUGAAGAAGUCAAAGCCAUAAUUCAGAAUGAAGGUUCGUUCGUGGUUAAUCACCUAGAGACAUUUCACGUGAACUGGGAUGGCAGUGAUUCUAGCGAAGUAGGUUUGAUGACAGACACUCUCAGAAGUAGCAAUCUCAUUGCUAACAGCAUCAGAGCCAUCUCAGAAUCCUUGCUAACGAGUCACUUCGGGGAGGAGAUAAUAAAUGAAGUGUUUGUUAGGUUCGGGGAGAUAGUUGAAGAAUAUGUUGUCAAAGAGAAAACCGAGUACACUAACCUUGUUAUUUCCGUGACCAAGGGCGACAUGAUCUAAAUCCCGUUAUAUGCAUGUUUUCUUUUGUAUGUACUUCCAGUAAAUUGGAUAAUUUCAAAUUUACCAGGAAAAUAAAUAUAUAAAUUCGAGUUUUAGUCUGUUUUGGAUUUUUUCAUCCUUUCUUGUCUGCGUACAAGUUAAGAUUUUUCCUAAGUCUAGUUCAAGU